UUUUUAUAUAUAAAAAAACUAGAAAACUCUAAUAAUAUUGAAUAUGAAAAAUAUACUAGAAAAAUUAUCCCCUUUAAAUAGAAAAAACUACAAAAACAUAAUAAUAUUGGAUAGAAAAAUAUAAAAUUAAAUACGAAAAACAUUUGUUUCCUAAAUAUAAUAUUAAAUAGAUUAAUAUUAUAUAUAUUUACACACAAUAAGUUUUACAAAUGUUAAUAUUCCAUGUCAUAACCAAUUUUCCGGCAAUAUAUUUUAGGUAAGCUUUCAUAAUCUAUCCAAAUAAAAAAUUACUCCACCAAAUCCGAUUCUUUCAUAUUUGUUUUUACCAAAAUACUUUUUUUUUAUUAGUAACAUGCCUUUUGAAUUAAAAGUAAAGGUCAUUAAAAAAAAUAAGAAUUAAGAAAAUGAAUUUAGGCUGAGCAACAGUAACAAACAGUGAAAACUCAUUUUCUUUUAGGUUCAUUGUAUAGUUGUAUAAAUAGCAAUUGCUUAUAUAGACAUUAUGCAUCGCAGGGUUCAGUCUAGGACAUUGUCUGUAGCUUAGUAAAUUUCACCAAAAAAUGUCUGUCGAAGAAUCGUGGACGACUAGAAUCAUCACGGAGGAGGAAGCUGGCACUGCCCAAUCCAAGAGUGGUUUCGAUCUACUAACCGGGAUUUACCACUCAUUGCAUCAGCUCGGAGAGAAUUUCCAAAUCCCCACCAGACACGACAUAGACACUUCCACUUAUGUGCUUUCCCAAUUCCCUCAUCCUGAUCAUGCUCAGACUAAAGUUGCCCUUAUUGAUUUGGCCACCAACCACCAAGUCAACUACUCACAGCUCCAUCGAUCCAUCCGUGCCCUUGCAUCAGGCUUGUACAAUGGCCUAGGAGUCCGAAAAGGUGAUGUGGUGUUUCUUCUGUCACAAAACUCAAUCUUGUAUCCGACUAUAUGUCUCGCUAUAUUUUCCAUUGGAGCAAUCCUGAGUCCUGCCAAUCCCGUCAACACAAAAUCAGAAAUUUCUAAACAGAUACAGGACUCGGGUGCUAAACUUGUUAUAUCAGCACCAGAGGAGCUGCAUAAGUUGUUAGAAAUUGGAGUGCCUACACUAGUCACAACUCGUGAGUCGAAUGGCGAUUCACUUUCUGUCGAAGAACUGAUUGAAUACAGUGAUCCGCUCGAGUUACCACAGGUCGGUAUAACUCAAUCAGACACUGCAGCUAUACUAUACUCUUCAGGUACUACUGGCACAAGCAAAGGUGUGAUAUUAACGCAUUCAAACUUUAUAGCCGUUAUGACACUCCUCAAAUGGUCUGUCUUUGCAACUUCAUCGCAAAAUGACACUUUCUUGUGCUUCAUCCCUAUAUUUCACAUCUACGGCCUUGCAUUUUUUGGGUUAGGAUUAUUUUGUGCAGGGAUUACGACCGUUCUGAUGCGAAGAUUUGAUUUUCAAGCAAUGCUUGAUGCUGUUCAAGCUUACAAAAUUAAUAACAUACCUGCUGUCCCUCCAGUGAUACUUGGGCUUGUGAAGAAUGGCAGCAAAGUUAAGUGUGACCUGUCAUCUUUAAGAAGGGUGGGAUCUGGGGCUGCCCCGUUGAGCAAGGAAUUGUCUGAUGAGUUUAGGCGAAGGUUUCCGUGGGUAGAGCUAAGGCAAGGAUAUGGGCUUACAGAAAGCUGUGCUGCAGCAACGUUUUUCAUCUCUGAUGAGCAGGCUAAGAAACACCCAGCUUCUUGUGGACGGCUAGUGCCGACUUUCAGUGCUAAGAUUGUGGAUACUGAAACAGGAUCAGCUUUGCCACCCGGUAGAAAAGGAGAGCUGUGGUUAAAGAGUCCUACUAUAAUGAAAGGGUACUUGGGAAAUGAGGCUGCUACGGCUGCAACAAUUGAUCCAGAUGGGUGGCUAAAAACUGGUGAUAUGGGUUAUCUUGAUGAAGAUGGAUUUCUUCAUCUUGUUGAUCGGAUAAAGGAGCUGAUCAAGCAUAACGGGUAUCAGGUGGCUCCGGCAGAAUUGGAAGCUAUUCUUCUGGGUCAUCCCCAAGUACUUGAUGCAGCAGUUAUACCUGUGGAAGAUGAAGAAGCUGGACAGAUACCAAUGGCAUAUGUGGUGAGAGCAGCUGGUUCGGAACUCACUGAAGAACAAGUCAUUCAAUUUGUUGCUAAUCAGGUUGCCCCAUACAAGAAAGUAAGAAGAGUGGGUUUCAUCAGCGCCAUUCCAAAGUCUGCUGCGGGCAAAAUCUUGAGGAAGGAGCUUGUUUCACACAGCCAACAAAUUACCUCGAAAUUGUAACUUCCCUCUAUUUCUUACUUGCUAGUGGGUCAAGAAAUGAAGGAACAUUCAUCCCUCCUUAUAUAAAUGGGCUGUCUGCCUAUUUAUUUUAACUGGAAAGACAGAGCAGGAACACCUCAUAAAAGGUAAUUAGAAGAAAAUAGUUCUUGAAACUUUUUUUUUCCGGUCUUGUAAUAUGGUUUCUGGAUGAUUAGACAUGUGUGUAAGGUAACAUAGGACGCAGUGAUGGUAUCUGAAGAUGAAAUAAAAAUGGUUUUGAAACCUGCGACCAUCAUCUUUUAUUGUCAAA